AGUAGCCUACUUUGCAGUCCGAACUAUAGAAGGGAAAAUAAAAGCUGUCCGUUUCGGAUGCAAUACUUUUACUAUUUCCAAGUAUUUUUAAUUCGUAUUUUUGUUCUUGCUCCCGAGGAUUAGCGAGUGGAUAGUCUAUUUAGCCGGUUUUAUGUAGGUCGGGGACUACUGAACAUUGCAUUUUUGGAUACAUUUUAGGCUACAGAUAAAACCUUAAAAUGUAUGCAGGACGUAAAAGGAGAAAACCCGUGCAGAGAACAGUAAAACAGCCGCCGGGAGAUGGGGUCAAGUCGAACCCAUCCAAGCGUCAUCGGGAUCGUCUCAACUCAGAACUCGACCGCCUAGCAUCUCUGCUGCCAUUCCCGGAGGAGGUGACCUCCAGCUUGGAUAAACUGUCCAUACUGCGUCUGAGUGUCAGCUACUUGAGGGCCAAGAACUUUUUCAGUGUUGCCCUGAAGAACUACCCUGGCAAAGGGCUGACGGCCAGCAUUGGCAACCAUGACAGCAGCAGCAAGGCCACGGGAUUGGUGGAGGGUUGGAUGACCGAGGGCGAGCUCCUGUUGCAGGCGCUGAAUGGUUUUGUGCUGGUGGUCACUGCAGAGGGCACGAUAUUUUACUCUUCCCACACCAUCCAGGACUACCUCGGAUUCCAUCAGACGGACGUGAUGCACCAGAGUGUGUUUGAGCUGAUCCACACUGAGGAUCAGCAGGAGUUUCGGAAGAAUUUGCACUGGGCUCUGAACCCCCCUGCUUCUGCACCAGAGCCGGACGAGUCCCCAGCAGAUGGAGAACCUGUCGCAAACUCAUCUCUUGUGACCUAUGACCCCAACCAGUUGCCACCAGAGAACUCGUCCUUCCUGGAGAGGAGCUUCAUGUGUCGGUUCCGCUGUCUCCUUGACAACUCUUCUGGAUUUUUGGCCUUGAACAUGCAGGGCAGGCUGAAGUUCUUGCAUGGGCAGAACAGGCACCUGGAUGACGGGGCCCAGGCACCCCCCCAGCUGGCACUGUUCUGCAUCGCCACCCCCUUACAGCCCCCAUCUAUUCUGGAAAUCCGGACCAAGAACAUGAUCUUCAGAACCAAGCACAAGCUGGACUUCACUCCCAUGGCUUGUGAUGCAAAGGGCAAAAUUGUCCUUGGCUACACGGAGGCAGAGCUAAGGGUUCGAGGUUCCGGGUACCAAUUCAUCCAUGCGGCUGACAUGCUGCACUGUGCCGAAAACCACGUCCGGAUGAUCAAGACUGGAGAGAGCGGUCUGACCGUGUUCAGACUCCUCACCAAGGACAACCGCUGGAAAUGGGUCCAGGCCAACGCCAGGCUAGUCUACAAGAAUGGCAAACCCGAUUAUAUCAUCGCCACCCAGAGGCCGCUUGUGGAGGAAGAGGGAGGAGAGCACCUGAGGAAACGUUCGCUGCACCUGCCAUUCACCUUCGCCACCGGUGAGGCCCUGCUCUACCAGACCAGCUACCCCGGCCCUGGUUUCCCCGACAACCUGGCGGGCAAGGGAAAGGGCGGCAAGUCCAAAAAGGGCAAAGCAUCCAAGGACGACCCCGACCCCUGCUCUCUGCUGGGAGCGAUGAUGAGUCAAGACGAGUCAUUAUACGUGUACCAGCCGGCCGCCCAGCCCAAGCUCUCCUUCCACAGCAGCCUGUUUGGAGGGGAGGGAGGCGACCGCGACUCGUUCCCCGGUCCCUCGGGGGCGGGCGAGAGCUGGAACCCGCCCGACGGCGGAUCGGGCGGCUGUGCGGAGGGCUCGAGCUUCGACCCGCUCCUGGCCACGCUGGACUCUCUCUCGCUGGGCGACGAGGCGGAGAGCUGCUCCAACAGCGAGCUGUUCAGCGCCCUGGAGAACCUGGGCCUCAACGCCGAGGACCUGGAGCUGCUUCUGCUGGACGAGAGGAUGAUCCGCGUGGAGGUGGAGCCCGACUAUAUCCCCUCGCUCAACGACCUGCUGACCAACAGCGAGAUCCUCUCCUACGUCCACGACUCCCUGGAGGGCAGGGUGGAGGAGGUCAGCGAUGUUCGGCCGCCUCGCCCACUGCCUGCCGCCCCCUUGGUGGAGACCACGCCCACCCCCGGCCCGUCGUCUCAGGCCACGCCCGCAUCUUACCCGGCCUUUAAGCCGCAGAGACAGCCCCCCAUCCUGCAGCUGUCCCAGCAGAUGCAGCAGCAUGUAGACAGGCAGCCGGCCCCCGGGAGGGGGGACUCCUGGAGGCCGAGGGCUGAGUCGCAGGGGCCACGUGCGAGCGGCCCCUCGCUAGCCCGGCAUGCUGACUCCAGGGCACAGCCCUCUGAAAACGGACUUCGGGGCUGGGAGCAGCCCGUCCGGAGCUGGGCUCCCCAGCAGGUCCACACGGGCCCCGGGAUCCAAGAAGCCUUGGGCAGCAGCUGCUCCCGCUGCCACCAGCAGGAGGCGCUGUCCGGCAGCGAGGCCCUGGACCCAGGCCUGCGCCAGCCCCAGAAUCAGUGGCAGCAGAACCAGCUCCUCCUGCAGUUCCGCUCUCAGUGCCAUUUUAAGCAGAACGGGGCAGACGAGGGAGCCCCUCUGAACGGGGUCUACCCUCCGCUCGGCCAGCAGCCCGUAGAACAGCAGCAGUGGCAGGGCUACGGCUCGGGCCACCAGGGGUCGCUGCUGAGCCGGGCGGACGGGCCAUGCUUCCCCAACAGGCGGGCCGUGGCUGGAGGCGACACUUCAGGCACGUUGCUCAUGGAUUACAGCGCGAGUGAGAUCCCUGGCGGGGAGUUCAUGGCGAAUGGUGUCCUGAGCGACGUGGGGGCGUACCAGGCCGUGGCCGCCAAUACGUCCUCCUAUCAGGGGGUCCUCCAGAAACCACAGCAGCAGCCCCGCCCGGGCGAGGCCGUGCCCCCCUGCUUCUCUCAGUACCCCAGCCAGGACUCCACCCUGGAACACAUUUUGGGCCUUGGACUGUCCCAGCAGCUGCCUUCUCUGGAGUCUUAUGGACUGUUCCCUCCCACGCUACCAGCAGACACCUCCCAUAACAAGAUGGAGAACGGCUGCAUGGUAAAUGGCGGAAGCACGGCCUACUCUGGUAACUGUACCAUGCCCAACGGGGCUGCCAUCAUUCCAGCCGAUGCCGCCCAACCCUGCCCUGAGGCAGCUCCCCUUCCAGACCCACGGACUUCUGGGUUUUACCUCUGAGGACGGCAUGGCGGAAAAACUACGAUAGGGGUCUUUCUCCCUCUGUUUUACUGGGGGGUUUUUUUCCUCUGUUUCUUUCCCGCCAUUUCUGUUUUGGCGUAGGGUAGGCAUAUGUUUUGAACAUUUUCAGGGUGAUUCUGUGUACUGCACAGUAAGACCAGGCGCUCACCAAGACCACGGCUCUCUACAGCUUUCCAUCAUUUUCGGGGGGGUUUUUUCCGGAUGUUGGCUUUCUCUCUUUCUCUCUAUAUAUCCAAAAAACUCUCUCUUUGACGUCGAUGCAGUUGUUGGGGCUGACAGAAGGACGGUGUCUUGCAUUUCCUCAGCCGGCUUCACGAGAGUGAAUCAGCGCAGUGUUUUUUUUUCACACAAAGGGUCAUAAUACUGAAAAUGUAAUUGAAUUGCAUUGAAAGAUUGCAUAGAUUUUUUUGAUGAUUUGUAUCCUUCAUAAGACAAAAAACCACCAAUUAUUUUAAAAACAGCAUUUGUGAUGCAUUUCCAGGGUUACAGGAAACUGAUUUAUGUGUGGCGUGGUGCAUUUUGGUUCAGAGUAAGUACGACUUUAAAUCAGGUCUCUGUACUUUUUGUUUGCUGUAUGUGAAGUAAAUAAAGUCUAAAUCAAGGGAAAUGCUAUGAAGAGAGUCCGGUGAAGGCGGUGGGAGGCGGUUCUGAUAAGUGUGUAUAAAUCUGUUUUGGAAGGGCAGUUGCCUCGGUGCAUUCUGGGUAUAUCUUACUGAACCAAUGCCUUGGGAUUUAUUCAUUCGUUAGUACCUCAUGGCUUUUUCCUGUAAACAUUAGAGUCAGUUCCCUCACCAACUGCAGAACCACAUGAAAUAUUCCUCACAAUAUUGGAUCACAGCACCCUUGCUGUCAGUAUUAAGCUCAGUAUUAAAAAAGGUCAAGAGAGAGGGUGGAAGCACUGUGAACAUUUUCUUUUGGUUAUUCACAUUUACUUAUUAGAUUGUAAUGUAUGAUCAAGUAUCUUCAGGUGGCACAACUGUUCCAAGACUGUGAUAAAAAAUAGCAGGGCAAUUCUGGAAAAUGUUUGAUUCACCGAAACAGUUUCUUCUUCUUUUUUUUACUUUCUUCAAAACUUCAGUUUCCCAGUUUUUUUAUUUAUUUUAUUUUCUGAAAGCGACCCCAUUGGCUCUCACUCUCUCAAUGGGGUCCACUGAAGCCUCGCAGAUAACACACUGCUGUCAGGUCAUUGUGGAGGGGAUCUUUGUACCCUUCACUUUCAGACCUGUGAACGCACUGAUCCAAAAAACAAGAGAGAGUGACCUGUCAUUAAUGAGAUUCUGUAGUUUCUUCUAGUUGCGUUGUUGAAUGUGUUGUGCAUACUGAAAAAGCAGUUCUAAGCUGUCAUAAUUUCAUCAUGAAGGUGGCGAGUGCUGAUGUAGUUGUUAUUGUUACUAUUAUGACAAAAUAUGACAAAUCAACAGUCUUGUUCUCCAGACUCGCCUUUGUUUUGGUUUUUUGGUUGUUUUUUUUGUGUUUUUUAUGUAGAGAUGUUUCUUAUAUGUGAGAUUGAUGAAACAAUGACGUCAAAGCUCAAAAUGAUAUGUAAAAAGCAAACUGAAAAUCAAUGAAAUGGACUUUUCAUGGUACAGGUAUGUAAAUAGUCUAAAAAGUGAUUUUUAUUACUUUUGUUGAAAGCACUAUUUAAAAAACAAAACAAAAGGCACUGCUACUUAAUGAAUUAUUUUCUUUGGAACUAAAUCUAGGUCUAGCGAGGGAUUGUUUUUUUUAUUCAGGAAAACCUCAGUACUGUCUCAUUUCCAAGUCAUGUUUUGAAAAAAAGGUUUGACACUUUAGAUAUGAAGAAAAUGGUGCCAUACAGGUGAGACUAAUUUUGGAGAGUUUAAUGUUUUCUGUUUAGAAAUGAAGUUUUGUCAAUGUUUAAAUCUUUUUUUUAAAUACACCUUCAAUUUAUUUUA